AUGAACAACGAACAGUUCCGACGCCUUGUUUCUACAAACACCCCCAAGCCCUCAUCGAAUGGCAAUGGCGCAUCACCAGGCGCAGCCACUCCUCGAGGAGCAUCGCUUGGAUCUAGACAGAAGUCAAGCAUUCCUAUGACGCCUCGCUCAGUUGGCCUUCAUAAUAAAUCCGAUUUCGCACGACAAUUAGCAGAGCGUAACCAUGGCGGCGACAAACAACCAAAGAAAUUCAAGUCGUAUAAUCCCAAGGGUAGCAAAUUAGCAGAGGGAUAUGUAGACCGCGCUCAGAACAGAACUUCGGAAGAGGAGGAUGAACGAGCAGCACGAAUAAAGGCACUAGAAGAGUCCCUCAAGAAGGAAGAGAUCGACCAAGAGACUUUCGACAGACUCAGGAGUCAAAUUGCCGGUGGUGAUUUAUCCAGCACCCACUUAGUAAAAGGCCUCGACUUCAAGCUCCUCGAACGAGUACGAAAGGGCGAAAAUGUUUAUGGCGAUAGCGGCGAGAAGGAAGAGGUUUCCGAGCCGGAAGACGACAUAGAUGAGGAGUUAGACCAACUGGAAGAAAGAGAAGUUGCAGCGGUCGCAAGAGAGAAAGCAGCAAAGAAAGGACAACUAUCAACAGCGCCACUAAAUCCGUCGAAGAAACGAACGAGAGACCAGAUCCUAGCCGAAAUGAAGGCAGCAAGAGAAGCAGCAAAGGCCAAAGAGGAUACGGGUCUGGGGUCGAAGUUCAAAAAGAUUGGCGCGAAGACUCCCGGAAUGAGAAUAGAACGAGACAGAAAAGGCAGAGAAGUGUUGAUAGUGGUGGACGAAGAUGGCCACGAGAAGCGAAAAGUUCGUAAGAUUCAGCCAACAGCUGAAACGUCAUCUAAAGAUACAGAUAUGAUGAUGCCUGAUAAGAAUGCCAAACCUCUCGGCAUGGAAGUUCCAGAGCAGUACAGGAAACAGGCCGAAGAACCAGAUGAUGAAGAUAUCAAUAUCUUUGAUGAUGUUGGUGACGACUACGAUCCUCUUGCUGGGCUAGAAGAGGAAGACUCCGAAGACGAAGAGUCCGCCGCGAAGAAGCCACAACCAUCCGACACAAGCAAGGAAGAUAACGUUGCCAUGCCUCCUCCACCACGGCCAGCUACUACAACAGAGUCACGGAACUACUUUAAGGAUUCUAAGACUAAAUUGGUGUCAUCUGAGUCGCUUAAGGCACCGUCUAUGUCCGAUCCGGCAAUACAAGCAGCCCUCAAGAAGGCAGCGUCUCUAAAUCCUAUAUCCAGGCCAACAGAAGAGGAUGACAAGGAAGCACGUGCUAAGGCGGAACGUCUAAAGAAGAUGCUGCAGAAUAACGAUCGCGAUGCAGAAGAUAUGGAUCUAGGCUUUGGUACUAGUAGGUUUGAGGACGAAGAAGACUUUGAAGAGCAGAAGGUCAAAUUCUCGGAAUGGGGACGCGAGGGCGACGAUGAGGGUCAUGGUGGAGGCGGUCCUAAACGUAAGAGAGGGCCUAAGAAGCGAAAGGGGGAUGCUAAUAAUGCAGCGGAUGUCUUACGAGACGCCUUCGCCAUCCUCCUAGCAGCCUACCACCCCGGCAUCCGGCUCCUAGGCCUCAGCACGGUCCACGGCAACGCGCCCCUGGACAAAACCACCGACAACGCGCGCUCGGUCCUAGCCGCCAUCGGCAAGCACGCCGACAUCGCGGUAUACCCCGGGGCCGCGCAGCCCCUCCAGCGGCCCCCCGUCCACGCCGUCGACAUCCACGGCGAGACCGGGCUCGACGGCACGGACCUCCUGCCGCCGCCCCCUCCGAUGUCCGUCCAGCAGCGGGACGAAGGCCCCGUCUCCGCCGUCGAAGCCAUGGCUACCGCCCUGCGGGAGUGUGCCCCCGGGACGGCGUGGAUCGCGGCGACGGGCGCGCUGACGAAUGUCGCGCAGCUGUUUGCCGCGUACCCCGAUCUAGUCGCGCGGGUGAAGGGGCUGACGAUUAUGGGGGGAAGUGUGGGGGACGGGUUUACGUCGGCGGUGAUGGGCGUUGUGGAUGGGUGUCCGCGCGUGGGGAAUUACACGCAGUGGGCGGAGUUCAAUGUGUUGAUUGACCCUGAGGCUGCGGCGGCGUUGUUUAAGGACCCUGUGUUGGCGACGAAGAUCACGCUUGUCCCGCUGGAUCUGACGCACCUUGUGCUGGCGACGAAGGAGGUGCAGGAGAUGUUGCUGUAUGGACCGGAUCGUAAGGAUGGGGAAGGAGAGCGGGGUGUGCGGGAGGGGAGGAGGGGGAAGUCGGAUUUGAGGGUUAUGUUGAUAGAGUUGUUGAAUUUCUUUGCUACUACUUACCGCGAUGUAUUCGGCAUCAUAGAAGGCCCGCCUCUACACGACCCGCUGGCGGUAGCGGCCGUGCUAGAAGGCACCGAGUACGAGAUCCCGUUCUACGACUACGAUCCCAAGAGUCCUGAGGGACCAAGCCGACGGGAGCGCUUCGCGGUCGAUGUCGUGACCGAGGGUACGCUUGAGGAUGCUAGAGAGCGUGGCGCGCAGACUGGCCGCACCAUUGUCACGUUAUUGCCCCCUGGCAGUGAGGGCGUCCGGAUACCGCGCGGCCUAGACAUCCCGCUUUUCUGGAAGGUCAUUGAAGAGUGCUGCGAGAGGGCCGACGAGGCGAACGAGAAGAUCCUGGCCACCUCUAAGCCUGCGAAUUGA